AAACAAUACCACGCUAGCUAUCACUAUUCUAUACCAUUUCUUUGUUCUAACAUUAGUACUACCCAGGCUUCCUCUAUUUCUUUCUAGGGCACCUCUGUCAAACCGCGAAAGGAGCUUUCGUUAUCCUUAUAAAUGCUCUGUAUUUGUCAUUAACAAAUUUUGCAAGACCGAUUUACUUUAUUUCAGCCGCUAGUGCCUUUGUCUCUCCCGCGACUCAUUCAUCAUAGGCAAUGAGACCAACAAUUAGUGAAAAGUCGGGAAAGAAAAAUCAAAAGUCAUCCAAGAAAAACGGAUCGACUAGUAGACCUUCUUCUCCUCCUGAGACUUCUCCCACUCAUUCUUCUGCUUUGUCUGAAAAAGAAGUAUCAUCGAGUAAACCGCAAACCGUUCCAUCUGCUGGCCCUGAUGCUUCUUCCAAUAAUACAUUUCAAUUUAAACUGGCUCAGUAUUUGAUUGUUAUCGUUUCCUUUUUGACUAGAUUUUGGAAACUUCACGUCCCUAAUGAAGUUGUUUUUGAUGAAGUCCACUUUGGCAAGUUUGCAAGCUACUAUAUACAAGGAAAGUAUUUUUUUGAUCUUCAUCCCCCCUUCGCCAAGCUUCUCCUUGCCUUUGUAGCAUGGCUUGCUGGUUACGAUGGUCAUUAUCUUUUUGACAACAUCGGCGAUAACUAUAAGGAUUAUGGUGUUCCUUAUGUGGCUAUUCGUGCUUGGCCAGCUCUAUUAAGCUCUCUGGUUCCUCCUCUCGUCUUUUUGACAAUGAAGGAAUCUGGCUAUGAGCUUUGGGCUUGCUUGGUCUCUGCUUGUUUGGUUCUUUUUGAUAAUGCUCAUGUAGCAGAAGGCCGUUUAAUUCUUUUGGAUGCCACCUUGGUUUUUUCCAUGGUGGCUGCCGUAUACUGCUACGUUCGGUUUUUCAAGCUUCGUCAUUCUCCCUUCUCCCGAGGUUGGUGGAGCUGGCUUUUCCUUACAGGUGUAUGCCUUUCUUGUACUAUAAGUACAAAAUACGUUGGUUUGUUUACCUUUUGUUCCAUUGGCUUAAGUGUGUGCUUGGAGUUGUGGUAUCUUUGGGAUAUUAAAACCGGUCUUCCCAUACAACGAUUCGCUAGUCAUUUCUUAGCACGCUUCUUUUGCUUAAUUGUUUUUCCUUUCGCUCUUUAUCUCUUUUGGUUCUUUUUGCAUUUUCGACUAUUGACAACAAGUGGUCCUGGCGACUCUUUCAUGUCUUUACAGUUUCAAGAAACCCUUGAUGAAAACCCAAUUUCAGCUAAUGCCACCGGUGUUAAUUAUUACGACGUUGUUACAAUUAAGCAUAUGGGAACAAAUGCUUUCCUUCAUUCCCAUCUUGACAAAUACCCUAUUCCUUAUGAUGAUGGCCGUAUUUCUUCCGGCGGUCAGCAGGUCACUGGUUACCCCUUCGAGGAUGACAAUAAUUACUGGAUGAUUUUGCCUCACGAUCAUUAUGAUGAUCCAAAAUAUAAACCAAAUAUGCCUGUAAAGAAUACUGACUAUAUCAAGUUGCACCAUGUAGGUACGAAUACAGACUUGAUUACCCAUGAUGUAGCUUCUCCUUAUAAUCCAACGAAUGAGGAGUUUACCACCGUUUCUGUAGAUGAAUCCGCAGCAGAAAAACACGAACUUACUUUGUUUCAACUUGUGAUUAGUGAUGAAGAUUCUCAUGAUCGACAAGUUUUUACCAAGGCUAUGAGCUUCAAGCUAAUUCAUAAGCUUACAAAUGUAGCUAUGUGGUCUGAUCCUAAACCGCUUCCUGAUUGGGGAUUUAACCAACAAGAAAUUAACGGUGCUAAAAACAUCUUGUCUGGUCCAAUUUUUUGGAUGUUCGAUGAUAUCCUUGGUUUACCGGAAGAAAGAGUUAAUAAGGAAGUACGCGUACCUAAGAAGCUAUCUUUCUUCAAAAAGUAUAUAGAACUUCAACUUGUCAUGUUUCGUCAAAACAAUCUGUUAACAGAAUCUCAUCCUUAUAGCUCUACUCCUUCAGAUUGGUUCACACUCCAUCAUGGCAUCGCCUUCUGGGCAAAAAACGAAGAGAAUAAACAAAUUUACCUUCUUGGAAACCCUAUUGGUUGGUGGUUAAUCGGUGGUAUUGUUAUAACUACUACUGUAGUUGCAAGUGUCGAGAUGUUGUUACACCAACGAGGAAUAGUUACGUUGCUUCCCAGCGUCCGUAAUCAUUUCUAUCGCUCGAUUAUGUUUUUUUACGCCACAUAUAUGUUCCAUUACAUACCAUUUUAUCUUAUGGGUCGCCAGUUGUUUUUGCAUCACUACUUACCCGCGCAGGUUGCAGGUGCUAUGUUAUGUGGUGCUUUUAUUCAAUUAGCUUGCAUAAAAUCUUUCAAGCUGCCAGUUUCACCUGGAGUUAAGCAGCCAACAGAUGUUGACAGUAAUGGUUAUGCUAAGUCUAUCCGGAGAAAAGGUUAUAUUUGUCAUGCUCUCUUAUCCCUUGCUUUAACUGCCGUUCUUGGUUAUUGUUUUGUUUUCUUUGCUCCUAUGACUUAUGGUGAUGUUAGUUUGAGUGUCCCUGAAUGGCUUCGUCGUAAAUGGCUUGAAAGCUGGGUUUUCCAGUACCAAAAAUAAAUGGCCAUUUAAAUGAGAAUACUGCUUGUUAUAAUCUCCGAUUUCAUUCUGACUGGCAGUAUUUUUCGCAACCUUAAAAACUUUAUCGUUCGUUUUUUGAGGGCUUUAACAAAGCUUUAUUCAAUAUUGGGAUUGAAAUCCCAAAAUUCCCUAUAAUACAAACUAGAUUUGUCUGCAUGCCUACCAUAGAACUUCUACUCUAAUGAAUACUUUUUUUAGAAAUUCUUGACAAUCGAAUGUUUGGAUGGUUAUAAAAGUCAUUUACAAAUAAAUGUAUACUAUAAUAAUUAAAUAGUUUAAUCGAAAAUUGAUUAAAUUCGUCUUCAACUACUUAUACUUGAAGAACUACCUUUCAAGAUCUAUCAAUGAAUUAGAGUACCAAAUUUAAUAAAAAGCUUCAACAUAUA